GGAGCUUGUUCAGGAAGGGGCAACGCGCAUAUCAAGUUCUCUUUCAUUAUCAGCUUACACUGCCCACCUCAUAUUUUCGACGGACAUUGAUCGGUCCCAUCAACCAACCAACCCCCUAGAAAUCCUGUCUCAGCUUCUUCUCGAGCAUCCGCACACAAAACCAUGGUAUCACAACGUGAUAAAGAAUUGUUCAGAGAUGAUGUUCGUGCCCGGGGAACGAAACUUAGUGUUGCUGAUCGUGAGAACCUUUUGAAACCAUAUCUACCAGAUCCCUCUGAGCUUCCAUGUCGACCACAACGGCGCAGAAAAACAUCGGCUCGGAAGACGCCCAUCCGAACUUUCUUGAAGUCGCAAUUACACCAGCUUACCUACACCAUCAUACACAUUUUCUUUGGCAUCGUUGUUCGCCUCAUCCAGAGCUAUCAUGCCGUCGUGGAUAGGAUUUUUGCCAUCGUCUACUAUCACCACCGCACCCCAGAGCUAAUCAGAAAAGAUGUAAAAAGCUUGGAUCGUCUUCCAGAACACUUAAGCGUUAUAUUGUCAUUGCGGAAAGAAGAGGAUGCUUUGACAGUUCUAAUGGAUGAAGUGGCAGAGCUUGCCGCAUGGGGGGUGAGUGCCGGAAUACCUGUGUUGAGUGUUUACGAGAAGAGUGGGGUCCUAAAAUCAUGCAUUCCUACUUUACACCGCAUCGUUACAAACAAGCUAUCAGCGUAUUAUGGUUCUCCUUCGCAACAGCCAACAUUGCGACUCUUUGCUCCUCAUCACCCUAUUUAUCAACCACAAGAUGGCAACUCAGCCGAGAAAUCUAAUACCGAUUCCCUUACUAUGCUUCUGUUGUCGGCUACUGAUGGUCGGGAAACAUUUGUGGAUUUGACAAAGACGCUUGCGGAGAUGUCCCAGAAUGGCAAGUUAUCGCCAGAAGAUAUCACAACGGAAUUAGUCGAUGCAGAAAUCAGCGAGAUAACGACACAGCCGUCUCAGCCAGCAAUCCCAGCCUCCAAGGGGAACAAAGCAAGUUCUGAUACGAUCGUUUCCAUAAAGCCAGAGCCAGAUCUAUUACUAGUGUUCAAACCGUCUUUGAAAUUAGAUGGCUACCCACCCUGGCAUAUUCGUCUCACUGAGAUGUAUUGCACAGGUGACCAGACCAACAGCAGGAUAGAAUAUGGUGAGGCUGUUGAGUAUCAGGGGUUUCUCAGGGGUUUAUGGCAUUAUGCAGGGGCUCAAAUGAGAUUCGGUCGUUGAGGUCCGCACACGUGUUUACUUUUUUAACCCUUCUGUUAUGUAAUUAUCUCUUGGUCAUUGAGAAGCUGAAGUCGAGGCUUUAUAGCCAGCAACUAGGAGUUCCUUACGGAGUAACUUUUUCAGAAAGGUGAUACAUUAUAGAUUCCCUAGUAAUAUACCAUUUUUUGUGUGAUGAUGUAUAUGUGUCACAAGUUAGACUAAAGCCCCCAUCGCUUGGCCGUGUGUAUAGCAGUUUAUAGUCUACCAUUUCUGUCAACUUUUUGUGUAGCCCUGUUAUGAAGUAGGCCACCUGCUUUCACCUGAAAUGUUCCUCAUUCAGUACUCACAUUAAUCACCUAGAUUCCAUGUGCAUUUGUGCCG